GCGGCGUCACCGGCGUUGCUCCCUCCCCAGGUGGCCAGGUGUGUGAGGGUGAGGGAGCGGUGGGGCGGUUCGGGCCAUGGAGGAAGGGAAUCCGGGCAGGGCUAGUUAGGGAGGGGUGGAGUGGCAGCUUCCGGUGGAUCGGGCGACUCCAGGGAGAGGAAAAUGUCGAUCAAGGAGCCGCUGCUUGGUGCCUUGAAGGCAUGCAUCCUAAGCAUCCAGGCAGACAAGGAUCCCAUCACAGAUUGUAACCCUCACCUCGCCUCCAUGUGUGAUAUUCUGGAGAUUAUCCUGCGGAAGGGAAUCAGGCAGCCGGUCCUAGGCCUGAGAAAGAGAGACUACUGGCACUGGAUGGAGCAACUUCAUCAACUGGAUCCCUGUGGCAGGUUGACUCAACUCUCAGUGGCCUUGGAGAAAACCAUCACCUGCAAAAAGUUGCUGACAGCACAAGGUCGGGGGCGGCAUUAUAUCCGACAGGCCCUGAAUCAAAAGACCCUGGCAAUUACAGUGCAACAUCUUCGCCACACACCAAGAUUAUUAGAGUGGUACGAUCCUGAGAGCUCGGUCCUGGCCAACGAGUGUUUUGCAGAACCAUUCCUGUCGCUGCUGCUGGUCUUGUCACAGAUGAACUUGACCCUUGAUUUGCAGAACAGUAGUUUCCUGGAUGAGAGCUGGCUGCUUCCAGUGUGUGAAACAUAUGACACAGUCCCCUGUCGGGAGCUGGGAAUGGUGCUCAGAUAUACUGACAGGCGUAUUUUUGUAUCGGAGGUGAUUCCAGGAAGUCAAGCUGAAGCUGAUGAAUGUGUUCAGGCUGGAGACAUUAUUGAUGGAAUUAAUGGGAUUUGCUUGAGGAAUGCUCAAAGAGGAGAGGCUCAAACAGUUUUACAGAAACUUCGAGGGAAACCAUUAAGUUUUCACAUGAUUCGCUGGAAGUGGCACAAUGGAACAGUAUAUAGACCCAUGCUGCCUCAUCUGCAACUGAUGCAAAAAGAGAUUCCCAACUUCCAGCUCCAAUAUGAUAAAUCAAAUGAGGUGAUGAAAGAAGACGGUUUGCGGGACGACAGAUUGCUGUAUUCACUCCGAUACUUGGGCAAGGUGAACGUCGGAAUGUAUGGUGGAAAAGAAGUGCUGGAUCAGGGCAUCGAAAAGGUCCUGCAGCAAAACCUGCCAUCACAGGAGGUGUUAUUCGAUGUAAAAGAAACAGAAGUGAUCUGUAUAAAAAACAACUCAACACAGGUUCUCUUUCAUCAUCACUACCCUGAGAUCUCUUCAGUGGGACACCGGUUGAACAGACGGACGGUUUUUGCUUACUGUGUGGCGAACUCCCCUGAAACACCUCAGACAACAUGUUUUGACUGCUUGGUGUAUGAGUCCAGCUCGGUUGAGGAGGCAAAUGAAAUUAUCCUGAGGAUAGCUGCAGGGUUCCGACACACCGAGUGGUUCGUGUGACAGAAUAAUGGAGGUGGCCAGCUGGUUUUGAUCACCUUGUUGCACAAUUACUUCAUCGGAUCUGAUUUAUGCCACAGAGACUGUCCAAAUGUGCUGUGGAAAGAUGGGGACUCCUCGAAUUCACCACUGAACAUCAACAACCAAGGAAGCAUCUUACUUGGAGGACCCAUCGCUCUGCAGCACGUGUAAAUAUGAGAGAUAAAAGAGCAGGGCUAAGGGGCACCUCCACGCAUUUAUAAAUGUGAUGAAGCCAUCACUACUCAUGUGACAGGAUUCUCCCAAUAAAGGGGAAUUACUGUGUAUUUUAAUGGAGAAGUAGAAAGGUGGUCUCCAAGCUAUCAGGAUUGUUCCUAGCAUCCAGUGGAGCACAGGUAUUGGAGUUGACAUGAAGUUUCUGGGACACUGUUCUCUUUUUCUACCUCCAGACAGUGGCCAGGAAGCAGCUUUGCACUAUUCCGUUCCACUCAUUGCCAAGAUUUUUUUAGUGUAUUUGUACUGAUGUCAUGUGAUGUUCUUAACCUGUCUCAACUUACUGCCACAUGUCAUCCCUACCAGUGACACCUGUACCUAUCAGUACUGCCUCCUAGUGUCCAAAAUAGUCUCUGCAGGCACAUUAGUUCAGAAGGACAGAGUCUAUGGCCAGAAUUUUCCCGUUGGCAUUUGGAGG